CCAUUUUGGGUAAAAAUCUUACCUGGCUCAAAAUACUUGAAGUCAAGGAAUUAAAAAUAUAAACGAACGGAUCUUUCUUGUUUAUUCUCUUCAGUGGUCAUUUGUCAUCUUCAUUCAUUUCACUUUUGCUUUUGAUUUCACACAGGACUCUUUGAUUUUCUGUCAUUUUUUGUUGUGACUUGUGUAAGUUUUGUUGUGCUAAAAUAAAAAUUACAAAAAAUUUAUACGAAUCAAGAUUUCUAUCGCGUAAUCGUGUUUUAAAUAAGUAAUAACAAUGACGGAGGUUUUACCAGUGGAAGAAAACAGAGAAGAUCGUGUGGCAUCCAUUCUAAAGGGCUUUCAAGUGAAUUGGAUGAAUUUGCGAGAUGCUGAUACUGGCAAGAUCCUUUGGCAGAAUAGCGAAGACAUGUCAAACCCUGACAUUGAGCACGAGGCUCGCGUGCCCAAGCGCAUCCUGAAGUGUCGCGUCGUGUCUCGGGAAAUGAACUUUAGCUCCAUCGAAUCUAUGGACCGGUUCCGUUUAGAACAGAAAGUCCUAUUCAAAGGGCGAUGCUUGGAGGAAUGGUUCUUCGAGUUUGGCUUCGUGAUCCGCAAUUCUACAAACACAUGGCAGUCAGUUAUCGAGUCCGCUCCUGAAUCUCAGAUGAUGCCAGCUAAUGUUCUCAAUGGUAAUGUCGUCAUUGAAACAAAGUUUUUCGAUGGAGAUCUGCUGAUCACAACGUCGCGCGUCCGGCUCUUCUACGUGUAAUAAGUAGGCACCACAAACAAAGCAUUUACUAGUCAAACCUACUUUUAAUGCAUUUCCUCUACAACUCUAUUUAGUUUGUCUAUGAACCAUCACGGCCAUCACUUUACAUCAUAAUUAUCUAUGGAUUCGAAAUCACAAGUGACCUUAAAUUAGGUUUCGAAAUUGGUCCCUAUAUAUUUUUAAAGGCUUACAAGUACUUUUAAAAUAUAGAAUAAUGCAUUCCUUUUACUUAUAAAUUAAUUGUUAAUCUCAAAUGGCAUGAGGCAUUAAUACGAGUUUAUUUUACGCUUAAAGUAAUCGUAACGAGUACGCGUUCGACACUCAGUGUGCUUA